CUUUCCUCAUCCUCUCCGAAAAUGGAUGUUACCGCCCUAAUUAUGAUAUUACUGGCUUUGUUAUGGCAGCCAUGCUUCUCCGAUCAGAUCAUGAGAAGCAGCUUUCCGAAAGGCUUUGUCUUUGGCACCGCAUCUUCUUCCUACCAGUAUGAAGGAGCAGUGAAAGAAGGAGGAAGGGGUCCAACAAUUUGGGACAAAUUUACACAUAAAUCUUGGAAUAUACAUGAUGGCAGUAAUGGUGAUGUUGCUGUGGAUCAAUAUCACCUCUACAAUGAAGAUAUUAAGCUUAUGAAGGAUUUGGGAGUUGAUGCAUACAGGUUCUCAAUUGCUUGGUCUCGAAUUUUUCCUAAUGGGACUGGAUUAAUCAAUCAAGCUGGGGUGGAUCAUUACAAUACAUUCAUUAAUGCUUUGCUAGCCAAUGGGAUUCAACCUUAUGUAACACUUUAUCAUUGGGAUCUUCCUCUAGCUCUAGAGGACAGAUAUGGUGGUUGGCUAGACUCUCAAAUCGUAGAGGACUUCGCUGUUUAUGCGGAUACAUGUUUUCAGAAAUUUGGAGACAGGGUAAAGGAAUGGGUCACGUUUAAUGAGCCUCACACGGUUGCCAUGACGGGCUAUGAUCUAGGGAUUCAUGCACCCGGUCGUUGUUCCAUCUUCCUACACCUUUUGUGCAAAAGUGGGAACUCCUCAACAGAACCUUACAUUGUUGCUCAUAAUAUGAUCAAUGCUCAUGCUAUUGCGGCCAAAAUAUAUAGGAGAAGGUACAAGGUAGCUCAAAAAGGUUCAAUUGGAGUUGCAUUUAAUGUCAUAUGGUUCGAACCUUUGACAAACUCAACAAGUGACAUUGAAGCAGCGCAAAGAGCACAAGAUUUUCAGUUGGGUUGGUUUCUUGAUCCGAUGAUGUUUGGCGACUAUCCAGAGUCAAUGAUAAGCAGGGUAGGGAGUCGUUUGCCUAGAUUCACUAAGAAACAAUCAAGACUUGUUAAAGGGUCAUUGGAUUACGUGGGUAUAAAUCACUACACCACAUUUUAUGCCCACAACAUUAAAUCGAAAACAAUCAACUACCUACUCAAAGACGUUGUCGCAGAUUCCGGCGCACUUACCCUCCCAUUCAAAGGCUUCAAACCUAUAGGAGAAAGGGCAAAUUCGAUAUGGUUAUACUUAGUACCAAAAGGUAUGAGAAGUUUAAUGAAUUACAUUAAAGAAAAGUACGACAACCCUCCCGUUGUCAUCACUGAAAAUGGAAUGGACGAUGGAAACAGUAUGUUUAUCUCGAUAAAAAAUGCUCUGAAUGAUCAAAAAAGGAUAAGAUACCAUGAAGGUUAUCUCUCAAACCUAUUGGCCUCAAUUAAAGAAGAUGGUUGCAAUGUAAAAGGCUAUUUUGUAUGGUCUUUGUUGGAUAAUUGGGAGUGGGCAGCAGGAUACACUUCUAGGUUUGGACUCUACUUUGUGGAUUAUAAGAAUAAGCUCAAGAGGUAUCCUAAGAAUUCUGUCAAAUGGUUCAGCCAGUUCUUGUCCAACUAAAAUAAUGUUUUUGGU